AUGCAGGCAAAAAAAGAAUUAUGGGGCUGCACGCCGCGCGCGCGGAGCCAGGCGGCGCUGGAGCGCUGCGCGGCCCUGCUGGGCCUGGACGAGGACGACCUGCGCGGGAGCCUCACCUCGCGCGUCAUGCUCACCACGGCAGGGGGCGCCAAGGGCACGGUCAUCAAGGUACCCUUGAAAGUGGAACAAGCAAACAAUGCUUGCGAUGCCUUGGCUAAAACCGUGUACAGUCAUCUGUUUGAUCAUGUAGUGAAAAGGGUAAACCAGUGCUUUCCAUUUGAAACUUCUUCUUUCUUCAUUGGAGUUCUAGAUAUAGCUGGUUUUGAGUACUUUGAGCACAACAGUUUUGAACAAUUCUGUAUAAACUACUGUAAUGAAAAACUGCAGCAAUUUUUAAAUGAAAGAAUUCUGAAAGAGGAACAAGAACUUUACCAGAAAGAAGGCCUGGGGGUUAAUGAAGUUCGUUAUGUAGAUAAUCAGGACUGUAUAGAUUUGAUUGAAGCAAAAUUAGUAGGUGUACUGGAUAUUUUGGAUGAAGAAAAUCGUCUUCCCCAACCAAGUGACCAGCAUUUUACUUCAGUUGUGCAUCAAAAACACAAGGACCAUUUCAGGCUCUCGAUUCCAAGAAAGUCUAAAUUGGCCGUUCACAGAAAUAUCCGAGAUGAUGAAGGCUUCAUUAUCCGACACUUUGCAGGAGCAGUGUGCUACGAGACGAUGCAAUUUGUGGAAAAAAACAAUGAUGCUUUGCACAUGUCUCUUCAAUCUCUUAUAUGUGAAUCCAAGGACAAAUUUGUUCGACAGUUGUUUGAAGCCAACACUAACAACAACAAGGAUCCCAAACAAAAAGCUGGAAAACUCAGUUUCAUCAGUGUGGGUAACAAAUUCAAGACUCAGUUAAAUUUGCUUCUUGAGAAGCUUCACAGCACUGGGUCGAGCUUUAUUCGCUGUAUCAAACCUAAUCUAAAGAUGACAAGUCACCACUUUGAAGGAGGACAGAUCCUCUCUCAGCUUCAGUGUUCAGGGAUGGUGUCAGUUCUGGAUUUGAUGCAAGGUGGUUUCCCGUCACGAGCGUCAUUUCAUGAACUGUAUAAUAUGUACAAGAAAUACUUGCCUGAAAAAUUGGCUCGACUGGACCCUAGGCUUUUUUGCAAAGCCCUAUUUAAAGCCCUGGGACUGAAUGAAAAUGAUUACAAAUUUGGACUAACCAAGGUGUUUUUUAGACCUGGCAAGUUUGCAGAGUUUGAUCAGAUAAUGAAGUCUGAUCCGGAUCACUUGGCAGAGCUGGUUAAACGAGUGAACCGCUGGCUUAUCUGCAGUCGUUGGAAAAAAGUUCAAUGGUGUUCUCUCUCGGUGAUUAAAUUGAAAAAUAAGAUAAAAUAUCGAGCCAGUGCCUGCAUUAAAAUACAAAAGACUAUUCGUAUGUGGCUUUGCAAGAGAAAGCACAAACCACGCAUUGAUGGCCUGAUAAAAGUACGUACACUGAAGAAGAGACUUGAUAAAUUUAAUGAAGUAGUAAGUGCUCUGAAGGAGGGAAAAGCAGAGACAAGCAAGCAGGUCAAGGAGUUGGAGGCUUCUAUUGAUGCAUCAAUGACCAAAAUUAAGACCACUAUAAUGACUAGAGAACAGAUACAGAAAGAAUAUGAUGCUUUAGUUAAAAGCUCAGAGCAGCUUCUGAGUGCACUGCAAAAGAAGAAGCAGCAAGAGGACGAAGCAGAGAGGCUACGACGCAUCCAGGAGGAAAUGGAAAAGGAAAGGAAGAGACGUGAAGAGGAAGACCAAAAACGAAGGAAGGAAGAAGAGGAAAGACGCCUGAAAUCUGAGAUUGAGGCAAAGAGAAAACAGGGAGAGGAAGAGAGAAAAAAGAGAGAAGAAGAAGAAAAACGUAUUCAGGCUGAGAUUGAGGCUCAGCUGGCUAGAGAGCGAGAGGAGGAGACGCAGCACCAGGCCGUGCUUGAACAGGAGCGCCGUGACCACGAGCUGGCAAUGAGGAUUGCCCAGAGCGAGGCAGAGCUCAUCAGUGAUGAGGCACAGCUGGAUUUAGGUUUGCGCAGGUAUGGAGUCAAGGAGUUACAUUUUCCUCUCUGUGCUUUCUUUUCUCCCCAUCCUGCUCCCUUGGAGAAGACUAUGCUCUUGUUUGGUUAAUGGAACUUUGUGUUCAUUAAAUGG